GUACAAUUCGGAGGAAUUAAAAGGAACUCGCUAUGUCGAGCAUAAUUUUAAACCACGGUAUUACACUCGAUCGGAAAUGCAACUGCAGCGAAACGGGAAACGACUUACAACUGCUGAAUACGGAUAUAGUGACCAAUUACGGAGUGAUGAAGACAGGCAAAUGCAAGGGAAAAGCCAAUCCGCUAACCCUAAAGCUAAAAACCUUUAUCAACCACGGAACUUUGGUGCUCCACAAAUGCCACUGCAACGCGCAACUCCUUCAUAUCAUCGAUUUGAUCAACUACGGAACCGUGAUCAACUGCAUGACCACCUGCAAGUUGAGCAAAGAAAAUGAACUGAAGGAACACGUGGAAUCCAAGGAAUUGAAUGCGCCUGACCAGGAAUCACCAUUGGACCUGAGUGCUUCAAGUAGCUCAGUUUUAUGCCCUAAGGAAAUUACGAAAUUCGCAGACUUGCCAAAGAAGUGCAACGAAUCACGUGAUGUUUCAUCAAAGGGAUGUACAGUUUCACCAAACAAAACACUGAAACGUUCUGUGGAAUCCGGAGAACCCACCGGCAACCCACCAAAACAGCUCGCGUUGAACACAGUUUUAAAAUCGAUCUACAAAUCUUCGCAACAGGAUAUGGGAUCAUCUAAGGAGUGUGCCAUUCCUGUGCAGUACCCAAAUUUAUUACAAAUGUGUCCCAGUUGUAUCAAAUCUUUUCAAAAUGAGAUAAAUCAUCCGAAAAACGUUGCAUUCAUACCAAAAAUUAGGAAAUAUAAGUGCCCUUACUGCCUAAACAGCAAGGCCAACCAGAUGGAGUACAAGGCUCACACGGCCAUCUGUCAGCAGGAAGCGAAGCCUUACAAGUGCCCGGGAUGCCCCUACAAGUCCACAAAAUCAUCAAGUGUUAAUGGACACUCUGCCACUUGUUUCUUUCUGCUUGUCCUCAGAAAGCAUCAUUACCAAUGCGUUUCUUCAAAACAUUGCAGCAACUAA